CUUCGGCAUGAUCGCGGUGUUCUGGAACAAAACAAUUAAUUGUCUCUAGCGGUUGUUUUCGGGGUUGGAGGUUCGUCAUUUUACGAAAAGAGCGACAGUCGCCGUCUACUCCAUCAAAAAUUAAUUAUCGAGUUAAAAACGCGAACAACUGUGAGGAAAACAUGGCAAGUUCAUCCGGAUUCCGGGCGGCUUCGGCGGGAAGGUUUCCAGAUAAAACAUGGCGAGCUGGAACUCCUAGUAUUUAUCACGAGAAAUGUGCACCUCAAAAGGAAAGAGUUAGGUCUGCUCCUCCAAAAAACUACGCGCAGAGAGAUUAUGCCAUGUGUGAUGUCGUUAGGAACGAUGAGAUUUGGAAGAAUCGCUGUCGGAACGAAGGAAAAAUGACAAAAAAAUGGUAAGAGAAUAACACUUCCCUUCUGUUCGUGAGAGCUUGUUUCCGGGUUCGAAUGUUCGAUUCUUUAUUAAAAUCAUGAGAUAACUCUUUUUUUGCAUGGUAUUUUGAUAAUGGUAUAUGACUACUCUUCGCAUGAGAGUUUGAUCACAGUCGAUUGCAUAGGAAGAUGUUGUAAAUACGUAAUUAUUUGUCGUCGUGGAAGCGAUUAUAGAUCGAUUAUCAGCUGAGUCAUUGUUGGGAACGUCACGUUAGCUGUUCCUGAUAUUGACUGUUUGCGGUCAUCUCAACUUUCUUAUCUACCUUGUUUAUAGAUAACAGAAAGGCUAUGCUCAAUAUCAUUUAAGGUCUGAAGGGGUCGCACUUGGAAUAGGAGAACCGUUUCCUGGAUUCCCAACUGAAAUCUUUUAACGAAAAUGAGUAAUGUUGUUGUAAAUGAUACCAUUUGGAAGAAUCGUUGUAGCGAAGAAGUGAAAAUUAGGAAAAAGUGGUAUGAUUUCUGGCAUUUCUGUUCAUGUGUGCUACUAUUUGUGUUGAGUCAAACACGCGAUGGACGGAAGCUUUUAUGUGAUCUGCCGUGACGACCGCAAGCUGUACUUCUUAAGAUCAGAAUUUGUGGUUGCUUCUCUUUAAUUUUUGCUCUCUAUUUUUGUUGUAAAAGGAAUCAUAGCUUUCUUCUCAAGCAACCCUAAGCAAAUUUUCAUAGUCCAUGAACAGUUAUAUAUUGGCAGGUGUUUAGUGGAGCUCACAAUCAAUGAAGUCAUACUUUAUUUAUAGUGAAAAUUUCUGUAUGUUGCUAAGACUUAACUAUGAAGAAAACAGGGAACGUUUUGUUUGCAUGUAUGGCUUGAUUCCAAGGAAGAAUUCACCAAGUCUUUUUAAUCUCUCUACUUCCAAAUUUCCUUUGCACAACCCAACUCAGAUUUCUCUUUAGGCACCUGAAUGUGAAAACCAAGCAAAGAUAUGUAAAAAUUUCUGGGGUAAACAAAAAAGUGUCAUGAGGAAACUGUGGGUUGAAAGAGGCAAUUGUGAAAUUGAAUUUUAUCCCAAAAUUGGUAAUAAUAAUUUAAGGACAUUAUGCUUAAAUUUUUGUUUCUGUGUGUGUUUUUAGGGAGGAGAAUUGGGGAUUUCUGAAAGAUUAUGACCCAAAGGUAAGAAAAUGAUGACAUGAUUAAAAAAUUUGUAAAGAAAUAUUUUAUUAUCAUGAAUGUGUAAGCAAUACCUCAACCUCUAAAGCCUCAGGAAUGAAUUUAAGUGAAAUAAGAUAAUCAAAAUCUUCAGCUUUAAUAAUCAUGAUAACUUGUUUUCAUCAACUGAGCUGAUUAUGUAAAGUAGGGGUAAGUUUCUAAAGAAACCAUGAUGCUGCGUCGGUGGGAGAGUAUAGCAGGUAAUUUAGUGUAAACAACUGAGUUGAAAAUGUAAAUUAGCCACCAUAAAGGGUGAAAAAAGCUCUGUUGAAGAGCUUAUGCUCAAAACAUCAGCUUUUUUACCCUUUAUGGUGGCUAAUUUAUGUUUUCAACUCAGUUUUUUACACCAAAUUACCUGAUUAUGUGAAGAGACCACUUCAAAGAGUUUUUAAAGAUGAGAUUUCAAGUAUUAACCCUUUGUCAGAGUGAACAGAGGACGUGGUUCUGUGUUAUUUGUGUAUACCAAAAGGAGGACUUAUAUUGAUGGUGUAAACAUGGCAACAUGAACAACACAAGAAUAAACUCAUGGAAUAAAAGCACUCAUUGACACUCAUGGAAAGUUAACAUUUCUCAUGUCUUACUGCUGAUUUUCCUCAACAAAUCGAAUUUCAGAAAUCUUUUUGGAUUCUGCAAUUUUCUGAAUUUCCCACUAACCUUGGAAUUCAAUUUUCAUUACUUUUGAAGGGAAGGCUCAAGGCAAAACGGGAAUUACCUGAAAAAGUAAGCGUCUACUCUGACAAAGUUCCAAACACAACAAGUCGUCAAUUUGGACACAGAGCCAAGAGUGCACCAGCAAGAACGAUGCAAAAAUUCGAAAGACUCAUUAGCUACAGGACAAAGACAAACAAGGAAUUAAUGUGUUAUGACUGAUAGAAUCAGUCGCUAUGACUGAUAGAAUCAGUCAAGAUAUGAGUAGAUAUCCCAUUGUGUGAGCAGACAAGUUCAGUAGAGAAAGAUUAUAAUUUGCUUGACAAAAUAUUGCAGCAGAGUGUUUUUGAGAACACGCUGAUAGCCAUAAGCAUUGUACAGUUUCUAAUUAGCAUAAAUAAUACCAAAAUAAUAUUUUGGCCAACAGUAUAUGUUGCACAUAAAUGUAUUGUACAUUCAGUGUUAAUGUUAUUAAUAUUAUUACUAUAAAGCUGUUAGUAAAUAUAAAAUAUACUUCUAUAUAUUUUAAAAUAGUAGGCAAUAUGCAAUAGUUUUUAUGAAAUAAAAUACAUGUAUGUUUUGGGAAUUGUAUUAAAGAAAUAAGGCUUUGGUAUAGCUGAGGAUCCAGAAGAAAAAUGACAUCAGAAAAGAAGUACUGUAAUUUUUGUUGUGAAAUAGGGGAGAAAUGGUUUAAAAAGAGCAGUUUUUGUUGUGAAGUAAAAGAGAAAUAAUACAGACUUUGUAAUAAAUAGAGAUAUUCAUGGGUAGUGGAAGAUGUGAUUAUCAAAGUAAAGAAAUCAAAUACUGUAACUUUCUGAACGAGUACCAGC